UCAGACCGGCGGAAUGGGAAGAGUGUGACACACUUACCAAACAGUAAAAUGUGAAACCAAGGUUCUUUGACAGCUGUGUGAGUAAACCAAGAUGGCCACCCACCGUGUUCCAGUAGUCUUGCUAGCCUGCGGCUCCUUUAAUCCCAUCACCAACCAGCACAUGAGGCUGUUUGAGCUGGCCAGAGACCACAUGCACAGCAUAGGCCAGUUCCAGGUGGUGGGUGGCAUAGUGUCUCCAGUGAGUGACGGAUAUGGGAAGCAAGGCCUGGUUCUGGCUAAGCACCGAAUUGCUAUGGCAAAGCUGGCGCUCCAGAGCUCCAACUGGGUCACGGUUGAUGAAUGGGAGAGUCAGCAGCCAGACUGGACGGAGACUGUGGUCACCAUGAGGUAUCAUUAUGGGCGUAUUCUGCAGCAGUAUGAGCAGAGCAAAAGAACACACAACAAACCAGCUGGAAACACCGCUCCCUUCUUAAGCCCCUGUCCUCAGCUGAAGCUCCUGUGUGGAGCUGAUUUCCUCAACACGUUUAAGAUCCCUGGCCUGUGGAUGGACGACCACGUGGAGGAGGUGGCCGGACAUUUCGGCCUCGUCUGCGUCAGUCGAGGGCGGCUCCAGCCUGAGCUUGCCGUGCACGAGUCGGACACGCUCUCGCGCCACCGUCACAACAUUUUCCUCGUCAGAGAAUGGCUGAGGAAUGAGACGAGCGCCACAGAGGUGCGCCGGGCUCUGAGAAGGAAUCUUAGUGUGAAAUACCUCAUCCCAGACUCUGUGAUAGAGUAUAUCCACCAGCACAACCUCUACACGGAGGACAGCGAGAGGAGGAAUAAGGAAACGGUGCUGAGGCCGCUCACAAAGCAGGCACAAGUAAAGAGUCUGGAUGACGUUCUGCACUCAGGCACAAGUAGCCGUCCACAGAGGACCUCUUCAUCUUUCACUGGGAGUAAGGAAAGCAGCAGAGCAACAGCCAACAUGCCAGUUGAUUUGAACGGAUAUUGGAAAAUGAUUUCCAAUGAUAACUUCGAGGAGUACCUGAAGGCUCUCGAUGUUAAUGUUGCCAUCAGGAAAAUCGCCACCUUGUUGAAGCCCGACAAGGACAUCAGCCACGACGGGGACCACAUCAUCAUCAAGACCCUCAGCACCUUUAAAAACUACAACAUGGACUUCUAUGUGGGCAAAGAGUUUGAGGAGGAUCUGUCUGGAGUGGAUGACAGGAAGUGCAUGACCACCAUCAGCUGGGAGGGUGACAAGCUGGUGUGUGUGCAGAAAGGAGAGAUUGAAGGAAGAGGCUGGACCCACUGGGUGGACGGAGAUGAGCUUCAUCUGAUAUGCCCUUCUGAACCCUCCCACAGAGGACACCCUGCACCUUCCCCCUCCAUACGCUGUCUAAAGUCUACACACACCACAGCUUCACCAGCUGCCAUCAUGCCUGUAGACUUCAAUGGGACGUGGAUUCUGGAAAACAAUGACAAAUUUGAGGAAUAUUUGAAAGCAUUGAAUAUUGACUUUGCUACAAGGAAAAUUGCCAUCUCGCUGUCUCAGACCAAAGUGGUGGACCAAAACGGAGACAAGUUUACCUUCAAAACGCUGAGCACCUUCAGGAAUUAUGAGCUCUCCUUCACUGUAGGGGUUGAGUUUGAUGAGCACACAAAGGGGCUAGACAGCAGAAACAUCAAGUGUCUGGUGACCUGGGAGGGGGACAAGCUGGUGUGCACUCAGAAAGGAGAGAAGGCCAACCGUGGCUGGAAACACUGGAUCGAAGGAGGCAAACUCUACCUGGAGCUGACAUGUGAAGAUAUAGUUUGUGUUCAGGUGUUCAAAAGAAAAGAAUAAAAGGCAAAUAUCUUUUGUUCUUUUCAUUUACUCAGUUAACGCGGUCUUUGUUUGCUCCUUAAUAAUAUGUUUUUCAAAAUGUAUGAACAAAAUGAAUAAAGGUGCUUUUCAAACAUG